UAACGGAUGACAGCUACAUGGGUUUAUCAACACUGACAUUCAAAUUCGUGCCGAUUCUUCAAAAAACUUCGAUUAACGAGAAACAGCCCAAAUAAUAUGCAUUUAUUAUGUGCCCACAACACAAAAAACUCACUUGCUAGAUAGUUCAAGAUGCUGACAGACACGUGCUACCGCAGCUACCCAAUAGGUUCGCGUAUUUAAGGGCGAGCAGCUUUCAUCCCAAGGCACAUGCGUCUGUCACUUGUAAGUAAAAGCAGUUAUGAAUCUUGCAUUAACCAUCAUUUGGUUGAGCUGCAUCUGUACAGGCAGUGCACAAAGUAUCGAGCGACUGCUAGCAGAGAACACAAAGGAGUUAAAUGAAACCAAAGCGCUUCUACGUCACAUCGAUGCCACAAACGAAAACAUUAAAAACAGCAUCGAACAGCAACGUGACUGGCUGGAUGCGAUCAAAAAUGUAGAUGGCCAACUGGACAAACUCAACCUUUUUCUCGAUGCACAAUCUGUGGUCGUUCAGGAGGCGUUGAAUAACAUCACACUUAAGUCUGGUAUACAUGCUGAUCGUGUGUCCAAGGAAUUGGGAAGCUUGGCCCGUCUGCAGAUUUCUACGAAGCAACAAAUCAGCGGGCUGGAGCAGAAACUAGAUGGGUAUCAAAGACAUGUACUACAGAAUGCACGCAGCAUUGAAAACAAUAUAUUAGAUCUGACAAAAUUAAUAACGCGCGCUGUACUGCCACAAUUGAAUGGACUGCAGUGUUCCUUUGAUAGCCUAGAGACAUCCCAAGUCAACAUCGAGGUGGAGCUGAAGAGUUUGGCGCGCCUCAAGGAGAUUAGCGAGGAUUCCAACAUCAAGUUGAUCACAUUGACUAGUAAGCUGAUUAACUUGAAUCGCACACAGGAAGCCCAGUUUGAGAAGUUAACACAUGCACUGUCCCAGCUGAAGCCGCUAAAUUCCUGGCAAAUUGAGAGUGCUCUUCGAGAGUUGAUAGUCUCCCAAAAGAGAAUCGAGUUGGAUUUGGAGGCAUGCGAUAGACGUCAAACAGCUCAUUAUGCCAAACAUUCUAGCUCUUCAUCCCAUCCCUCCUAUGAAGUUGAGUUGGCAGACGUAGCUCCCCCUCCUCGUUCACAGGUCUGGAGCCAUAAGGAACCCAAUGAGCAGGGCUCUUACUACGCCAGCGUCUAUGCCCAAGUACCUUCCAAUAAGCCAAUACUCGGCAAACCUAGAAAUCCCAACUACAGCUCUUAUGUAGCCAUACCUGCCAAGCACACCAGUUCCAGUUCCGUCUCCUGGCAGCAACCUCUGCCUUGGGAAACUGUGCCUGCCUAUCAAUCCGUUCCAGCGGUCGUGCCCAAGCCAAAGCCUAAUCGCCCCAAACCUUACCAGUCCGCUCCUGCAUCUGGUUCCGAGCGCAAGAGACCUGCUCCUAAUCCGCAGCCAUGUGACCAGAAUCAAUAUUCGCAGCAUCCACCGCGCCACUUGGGUUCCUCUCCAGCACAACUAGCUAAAUCCUAUUCUCCUCAAGCACACGACGUGUCUUCAAAUAGACGUUAUUCAUUCUGGCAUGGCAGCAACUCCCCAUCGGAAGGCUACUAAGACCUCAACUUCAUAUUUUGUGAAUUUGCUGAAUGAUAUUUUACGGCAGACGAAUAAUUAUAUAAAUGUUGAUGCAUAUAAUA